AUGGGGACCCCGAAGCCUCUGAUCGUGCCGUGGCUGCGGAAGAAGCUGGACGGUGGCUGCUACCCGGGGGUGCGGUGGUUGGACCAGGGGCGCACCCAGUUCCGGGUGCCCUGGAAACACGGGCUGCGGCAGGACGCCUCCACCGAGGACUUCCAGCUAUUCCGGGACUGGGCCAUUGACAGCGGCAGCUUCCGGCCAGGCCAGGAUGCCCCCGCGCCCUCCGUCUGGAAACGCAACUUCCGCUCCGCCCUCAACCGGAAGCCAGGGAUCCAGGUGCUUUGGGAUCACAGCUCGGACUCCGCCGACCCCCACAAGGUCUAUGAGAUCCUGCCCGACGGGGCCCGGGCAGGUGCGGACGAGGCCCCCAAUGCUGCCGUGGGGGGCACCGAGGCUGACACGAGCAGCCAGCUCUUGGACAGGUCGGGGAGCGGCUUCUCCUCCAGCCAGGACGAGGAGCUGGACGACAUUCUGAACGCACUGGCCCUCUCCAGCCCCGACGAGGAUGCUCUUGGCCCAGCGCUAGCACCAGGUGCCCCCUACGCCAGUGACGUAGCAACAGGGGGCGCUCUCUCGCCGGGGUUCGGGGAUUUCCCUCCCCUGGUGCCGGCCCCCAGCUCCCUGGAGCAGCUGCUGGGGUCCAACGAGCUGAUGACGUUUUUCGAGGUGCGGGUCUAUUACCGGGGGCACCUCGUGCUGCAGACGCUGGUCCCCAACCCACAGGGCUUCCGGCUGGUGCCCCCCAGCCCCGGGCCCAGCCCCAGGCCCGAGCUGGCGGACGUGGUGCUGCCCGACCCGGGGGCGCUGGUGGACCGGGUGCAGGCCUCGUACACGGCCCGGCUGCUGCAGGGGCUGGGGGCCGGGGUGCUGCUGCGGGUGGAGGGACCCUCCCUCUGCGCCACCCGCGUGGGGCGCCUCCACGCCUACUGGGGGCGCACGGAGACCCCCGAGCCGGGGGCCGAAGGCGGGGAGCUGUCCAAGGAGGGGUACACUCCCCUCUACGACCUGCCGCGCUUCGUCAGAGAGCUCAUCUGCUUCAUGGAGGGGCAGGGCAGCUCCCCCACCUACGAGCUGUGGUUCUGCCUGGGGGAGGCCUGGCCAGACACGGGGCGCCCCUGGAAAAAGAAACUCAUCAUGGUGCAGGUGGUGCCCACGGCCCUGCAGACCCUGCACCAGCUGAGCCAGGCCUGGGGGGCGUCGUCGCUGCGGGCGGAGGAGCUGGACCUGCGCAUCUCGGACUCGCUGGGGGACGCCGGGCUGCUGGGGGCCCUCCGGGACUGGGAGGAGCGGAUGGAGAGCCAGCCCUACGGCUAG